AUGGCUUCAACCUCAAUGAUACUCUGUUGGGCAACAUUGAAUGAAAAGCGUGCCUUCCAGGGGUGCCAAAGAGUCAUCUGCACAUGUCCUUUAAGCCCAACGCAUAAUACGUGUUGUUGGUGCUUGUCGCUAACAACGACUGACCCCUCUGGUUAUGAAGACUGGGCUUCAGGUGAUGAUAAUCAAAUGGUUCGAGCUCAGAUGCAUCAUCUGCCGGAUACACAGAGGGGUCACGCAACCUGGGCCACUCGAUUUGAGAUAGAAGGAUCAGAUAAAUUCCUAGUACAACCAUCCAAUCCAGAUACUACUCUGAUCGAGACCUCAACGGAAGGUAGUCUUGAGUUCCGCACCGAGAUUCCCUCGCUCAACAUUUAA